CUCCCUUCAGGACGUUAUAGGGGAAGGACGCGCGGGCUACGGCGAGACUUUGAGACCGGGAGCAGCCGCAGAGCAACAGCCCGCCGCGAUUUUCCGACACAACUCGCCGAGAUGCAUCUGUUGCGGAUGGCGACAGUGUGCGCUGUUGCGGUGAUGGCCGCCGCGCAGUCCCGUUGUGACCCACUGACUCAGUACGAGGAGAGUGGCCGCUGCUGCAAGAUGUGCGGUCCAGGCACCAGGAUGUCCGGACGUGGCACUUGUCUGGACCCUCAGUGCAAAGAGUGUGGGGAGAACGAAUAUCAGGACAAAUUCACAACUGAGGAGAAGUGUCAGCUGCAGCCGUACUGCGACACAAACAAGAACUUCCAGUAUGUUGCCGGCGAGAGCAAGAAGAUACGAAAGACCUGCACGUGCGCGCCGGGAUUCCACUGCUCCAGCGCGGCCUGCAUAACCUGCGUGCCGCACACAGUCUGUAAACCAGGCCACGGGGCUCAAUCCAUAGGCAAUCAUACGCACGACACGGUGUGUCAGACAUGCCCUAAAGGCACAUUUUCCAAAGAGAGCUCAUGGGAAAGUGUCUGUAAGAAAUGGACGGAAUGUGGGGAGGGAUACCAUAUUAAACACAGCGGAACAGACACAUCUGACAACACCUGCGAGGAAACUUCACGGCAGCAUACAGUUUUGAUCGCGCUUAUUUCUGUAUUUGUUUUAGCAGUUGUUGUCGCUGGAUUGAUAUUUUGUCAGUGCAGAGGAGAUGCCAAACGAAAGUUAAAGGACUGCGUUCAGUCAUGUCGCGGCGAAAGACUGGAGCUGCAGAACGAAAACCCACUGAUAGCGCCCCCAGUCGACGAUGCCGAAAAAGAGCUCAUGUUUCCCGAGCAGCAGUCCUCGCAGGAAGAGGGUGGUACGAGGACACCGGAGGAAAACGAGGAUGAGCUAAGCGAGGAGAUUUCCGCAGGCGUUAUUCUCACUGACAACGGAAACUACGUGACGCAGGAGAAGGGGAAAACAGAAAUCCUCUCCCGACAGGAAUCAGAAACGCAAACGUUUGCAGACUGAAGAUGGCCUAAGAUCCUCCCUCUCAACGGCGUGCGAUCACCUCCGCCCUAGGAGGCUGUUGUGUAUGUUUAUUUGUCGGCAGGAUUACGCAAAAACCACGGAGCCGAGUUGCACCAGACUUGGUGGAGGGACGGGGGCCUGGCCCCAGCGAAGGACCCGUUAAACUUUGGUGUGGAUCCGGUCGAGGCGGCGUUCCUUAACUUUGAGAGAGAGAGGGAAUUUUUUUGACGCUUCUGUCAAUAUUCGGCCUUGGUGGACGUAUACGCUCUAAUGAGUGCCAUCAUAGUUAUGAAUGUAACCUGUUGUCCCUCGUAUUUCACUUGCACGUAAUUCUCCUCACCUAAAGAUGUAUACAUUUGCCUGAAGUUUUAACAUUAAAGUUUAAAUCACGCUGAAACGAUGUAGUUGUAGUGUAACAACAAUAUUAGAAGAGCACAGGAUACUAUAUGACUACUAGUUGCGACCUUGGUAGCAUUUUCUUCUCAGAAGUUGUGAGCUGUUUUCACUGUUUGUUUAUAUUGUAUUGUGAUGUAGUCAACAACUUUAUUUUCAGCCUGUACACAAGAUUUCUGUUCAUAUAUAGAUAUUGUACAAAAGUGUGUGACUGUGGAAAUUGUAAUUAAAAAAGCUUUUGCAUUAAAAUGAG